AUGGCCAUUUCCGACAUACACGAGGUCCAAGAAGGUGGUGACACGCUUUUGAUACUCCGCAAUUCUGGUGCACCUUUUGCGACGCAUAAUACCGAAGACGAAUGGCUUAAUGCCCUACCUGAACAGCAGACAGAAAUUUCAAAACGCCGCGAGUCCUCUAUAAUUCCAAAGAAGUCUCACAAUGACCCAAACGACGCGUUGGCUGAUGGCUCCUCGAAUGCUCAAGCUCAACCAGAACCCUUGCAUCUGGGAUUUAGGCUGUGUUCAACGACUCUGAUAAAUACAUGUUCAUAUUUCAAAAAGUCACUAUCUGGUGAUUGGAAAGAAACUGAACCUGAGCCUGGCUAUAAAUGGACACUCACAGCCAAUGACUGGGACAGCAAAGCUUUUCUUCUGCUCAUGAGGAUAUUGCAUCACAAAGCACAGGAAGUCCCUCGGACACUAGAACUUGAGACGUUGGCAAAGGUCGCUGUGCUAGUGGACUACUAUGGUUGCCACGAGGCAGUGGAGUUAUGGGCAGAAACAUGGAUCUCAAAUAUUGACGAGGAGAUGGCCGAGUCCUUCUACUCUCGAGAGUUGCUACUGAAACUGACAAUCUGUUGGGUCUUUUCUGACAGAAAGAGGUUUCGGUCACUCACCAGCGUUGCAGUCCGUACGAGUCGAGGCCCAAUACCUACACUGGGGUUACCCAUACCCGAUCAAAUUGUUGGUUAG